ACACCGAUAUCCCAGCAGAGAUCACACUCCCACAUCCGAAAAUUGAAGAAGGAGAAAGCAAACACACAUCUGCUGCGUGUUGUAAUUGCUGAGUGGAAUCUGCUGAGUGGCAGCCAGUAACUCUCGCUGCUGUUAAAGAUGUGUUUUGGAAGAGCCCUCUUCGUUUAUUAGUAUUUCUCGCACAACGCAGACUUCCUGUUCGUCUUUCUGAUCCAGCUGCUGCUGCUAUGUUGGCCCGGUCCGCCCUGAGCAGAGGCGUCACUGCCCACCGCCUCACCAAGAAUGUCACUUUAUACAUGAACCCAGUUGCGCCUCCAGCCGCAGGGUGCCCGAGCCAGGCCGCCGCGGAGGAGCAGAGACCCCUCAUGCUGAUGCUACCGUGGCUUGGUUCGCGUCCCCAGUCUGUGGCCAAGUACUGCGAGAUCUACUUUCGCACCGGCUUCGACGUGCUGGUGGUGGAGAGUGUGGUGCAAGAGUUCUUGUGGCCUCGCUGGGGUCUGGAUCGCGGGAAGACGUUGGUGGAGCUGCUCCAGAGUGACCGCUUUAUAUCCCGCCCGCUGGUUGUCCACGCCUUUUCAAUCGGUGGCUACACAUUCACUCAGCUGCUGGUGCACAUGUCCCAGGACACGCAGAAAUAUCAGGCGCUCAUCAAGAGGAUCAAAGGACAAGUCUACGAUAGCCUGGUGGUGGGAUCUGUGGAGAGGAUGGCAGUAGGUCUAGGGAAGACCGUAUUUCCUCGUUGCGAGAGACUGGUUAAAGAAGUGAGCAUGAUGUACUUUGGGAUGUUUAAACGCCAAACACUGGACUACUUAAACUUGGCCAUCGAUGUGUUUUGGAACACUCCGCUCACCGCCCCUGCAUUGUUCUUCUAUUGCGAUAACGAUCCACUGUGCGACGCACAAUCUAUGGAGGAGGUGAUUGAUUACUGGCGCAACCGUGGGAUAGACGUCACAGCAAAGAAGUGGAAGGAGUCGAUACACGCAGGUCACUUAAAGAAGUACCCGCAAGAGUAUCUGGCCACCCUAGACAUGUUUGUUCACUCGCUUCACAUUGCCCCGCUGAAGGCCAAGAUGUGAGCGCAAUUUGUUCCUAAUGGAAAAUCCAUGACUAAAACAUCAAGUACUGAGUAUACGUUUAAUAUUUUAAAAAAAAAAUAUGCAGUCGCAGUUAUACAAAUAGUUUCGCAGUUGUCACUUUGUUUCAAUGAUGAGCAAAUUUAGUUUCAUGAAAAUUCAGUUCGAUUAAUUCCAGCAGCAUGGCGACAUCUGGUGGCUUGGAGAAUUAAUAGCACACAACCAACACUAGGGUUUCAGGUUCAUAUCAGCAGAAUAAAGGGCCAACAGCUUUCAUUCUGUUGUAGAAAUUUUGGUAAAGAAACUUGGAGACAAUUUCUCACAUUGACAACGCAAGUGCGUGUCAUUUAAUAUUUUUCUUAAGUAAACCAGAAACUACCACACACUUUUACUUCCCCAUUCCCAGCAUACACCACAACGUGACACACACCCUUAUAAUAACUGGCAUUACUACCUAAACGGUGAAUUAUGUCCAUGAAGUCCACUACACAGGUCCCCCAGAAUUCACCGUAACAAAAAUAAUGAGAGGAAACGGAGAAUAAAGACUAAUAUCCCAACAGUAUUAAGUCAAAUACUGCACUCCAGUAAAUGCAUAACACUAUGGUGCAUUGAAAUGGUGAGGAAAUUAUCAGAUGCAAAUUCUUGACUGAACACAUAUUUGUUUGUGGAAUGAAAAAAAUGUAAAAUGUCUGGUUCCCUAUUUCACAAAGUGAAAUUUUAACAACCUAUUUUGUCCAGCAAGCAGUACAGAACCCACAAUAUUCAGUGUCCUAAUACAUGUCACCAAAACAAAACUGAAAUCCUCACAUUUUGGGAUGCUGGAACCAUCUUCAUUUGCCGUGUUUAAUUUAACUGGAACCAUAUCUGUCAGCUGACUGAUCAGCUACUAACCUCGCUUAUCUUACAUCAGUUAAGUAUGCCUCAUUUUGUGGUGGAGAAAAGAGAGUUACAAUGUAAACGGGAUUCAGUGAUUGCACACUCUCCGGUCAGGAAGGAAUAAUCUGGAAAGUGUGUGAGCAAAGUUUUUGACGCUCCAGAUCAAAUGGAGGAAGCACUACUGGAGAGUUGGUUAAGUAUUACAUUCUGAGUGAAGUUUGUAUCAUUUCAGUUACUACUCAGCUUGGAAACAUAAAUACAGGGUUGUUCUUUCAGCAGAACUGAAGUGAAAAGCUUAACCGUCCAGUAUAAGCUUAGUGAAAAUCUGUUGCUUUUGCUUUUUUUUUUGUUAUUAGAAUAUGUGAAUAAUGUGAAUGUAUAUCUUUGGAGUUUGAUUUGUCAGGUAGAAGGUUAUAUUGGGGCUUUGGAUGUGUUUUAUUGUUUUUUUUUUUUUUUUUUUUUGAGUUAUAAAAUCGACCAUGAAAUUCAUCAAUAACGAACAUGUUAGUUCCAUCUUUAAUCUGGUUGUCAGUUUGGGAGAAAAAAUGAAAAUAGAAGAUGAUGAAAAAGCUCUUCAAAUCUUGAAUUAUGCCUGCCUGUUUGACAGAUUAUUACAAACAAGACUGUUGAAGACCACUCCCUUAAUCUCCAACAAUCAGGCUAAAACAAAAGCCUCAUCCCAGUGGCUUCAUCAGUUCUGCACAACCUGUGGCGAGUCAAGAUAUGAGCAAUAACUAUUGGGAGUGCACCCUUGAAACACUUGAAGCCUUUUUACUGUAACUUAGCUAGUUCUUACAACAUGGAAAUUGUUUUUUUUUUUUUUUUUUUAAACACACAAUGCCUUCGACACUCUGAGCCUCAAGAAUGUCGGUCAUUUACUGUUAUUGUUUAGGGUUACGGUGAUGGUGUUCGGGUUACUUGUGGUAUGUGUUUACCAAAGCAAAUUUUCACUAAGUUUUGUUUUUAAUUAAUAUAUUGAUAUUUGUCCUGUCUAUGUCUGCUGAACUACACCAGCCAUAACACUCAACAUGAUCCUCGGCAGUAAAUCGGUAUAAGUGAGCAGGGCUUUCACAAGUUACCAAAGCAGAAGCUACCUGAAAACUGUUUGUCUUCCAGUGUUUUUGCUUAGAGAUUUCUAUUGUUUUACAAACGAAUGAAAUAUCCGUUGAAGGUGCUUGUUCUAUACAAAUGAUGACUCCGUUAUGAUGUAAUAAAUUCUGACACUGUUGAUGUUUA